AUGAAUUGGGAGGAAUUAAAAGCCUAUUUCAUGGUUGCACUGCCAGCAAGCACCCAAAGUGCACGGUAUAAAGCAUGUCUUCUUCUGGACAUGCUGAAAGAUCCAACCAUAUUGCUGUACUUUCAUUUUGCUUCACCCCUUGUUACAGAGUUCGAAAGGGUUAACACCUUCUUUCAGGCCACUGAAGCUGAUCCUGAAGACAUGCACAAAGAGCUGUUGGCACAUGGCAACAGUCUGCAUGGAAGAGUUUUCGAUGGACAAGGAAGACCCCUGGCCAUUACGAAAGUUGAUUUUGGAGGCAAGUUCGAGUGUGAGGCUGCAAAGUGCAUUUCUGCCCAACCGGACAAAUUGACUGCUGAAGCUAAAAUCCUUGAGAUAAAGAAACGAUGCCUUGAAUUCCUUCUUGAAGCCGUAACUCAGGUGGACAAACGACUUCCUGCUACAUGCAACCUGUUCAAAAACCCGAGUGCCUUACAUCCAAAUAAAGUUUUGGAUGCUUCACAGAGAGUUCCUUACAACCAGCUCCCACUUCCCCAUCUACGUCAAGAGAAUGCAAACGUAAUAGAAGAGCAGUACAGGAAAAUCCUACACCGUCCAUGGAAAGAAGAACCUAUUUUUGACGGCACCAUACCCAACAGCACCGUCCAAUUUUGGUAUUGUAUCGUCAAUUUCCAAAGUUCUUUGGGUCACAAACCUUUUGAGGAGUUGGCUACCUACAUACUGAACUGCCUGACGAAUCCUGUUAGUAAUGCGGUGGUGGAGAGAACAUUCUCUUUGGUGUCGUCAGUAACGACCAAAGUACGAAAUCGCAUGGGACUAGAACUGCUAAAUGCAAUUACCAGAAUUCGCAGUCAACUGCAAUUCAGCGAAAACUGCUGUAUAAGUUUUCAGGUAACGAAGCGCAUGCUCGAGUUGUUUACUUGCAAAAAGAUGUACGGCAAUGAAAGCGAACGUGAACAAGAUGACGAAUGA